UUAACCAAUUGUUUAUUCAACAACAACAUAAUUAAUGGCGUCGGCGUUGAAUUAACUGUAAAUUGUACUUUCUAGGAUCAAUGAUCUAUUUAAAUUAAAAUGUACUUAUAAUUUGAAACGUAAGUCUUACUCCAGAUGAAGGUACUUUAUCUCGGUUUUAAGCCAUUGCAACGUCGCUUUAAUGUUUGUCAAGUUUGCGUUUUUGUAUUGCAACUAGGGCAUUUCUGAAUAAAAAAAACGUUGAACUGCAAUAGCAUUAAGUGUCCUCUCUGUACUAGUACUUUAUUUACUCUAUGAGUUAAACAAUGGCGUCCGAUUGUAAAUUGGAAACGCUAGUGUAUUUCAGCUUUCUGAAAGCUUAAAUAUUUGUAUAUUAUUAAGCGUACGGUAUGAAUAAUUCCAGUUUUAGAUUAUCUUAAAUAUUGAGGGUUGGGAUGUGCAAUUUGAUUGUAAAUCAAGCUCUCUUCUCUCGUCUUAUUGGUUCUCUGAAUUCUUAAAUAUUUGUGAAUGUGAGGAAGCAGGAAUUGAAAACAAGCUCUCAUCGCUGGAUUAUUUUUGUUUUCAGAAAUCUUAAAUAUUUUGGUUGGAAGAGGCCUUGGGAUUAAAAAUUAAUCCUGACUUUUCUGUUUUCAGAAAUCUUAACUUUUUUCUAGUGAGAGGGGCCAGGUGAUUGAAAAAUAAAUUCUCUCGGCUGGACUAUUUCUGAUUUGAUAAUCUAAAUAUUUGUGUGUUAGGAGGCAUAUGAUGGAUAAAAAAACUUCCUAUUACUGAACUAUUUCUGUUUCCCGAAAUCAUAAUAUUUGGAUAUUAGGUGCAUGCCAGGGAUUUAUAAAAUGAGCUCUCGUCGCUGGACUAUUUCUGUUUACUGAAAUCUUUAAAAAAAUAUUUGUGUGUGAGAUGUGCCAGAGAACAACUCAUGGCACUUUCUGUUCUUUGAGAAAUUAAAUUUUGGUUGUUAAGUGUAUGUUAGUGAUUGUAAAAUGAACUUAUUGCUAGACUAUGUCAGUUUCCUGAAAUCUUUAAUUAUUCUUUAUAAGGUGUAUGCCAGGGUUUGAUGAACAUGCUUUCAUCCUUUUUUAUUAUUUCUGUUUUCUGAAAACUGAAACAUUUGAAAGUUGGUUGGGGAGAGGGGUCUAUUAAGGUUUCCAAAAUCUUAAAUAUUUGAAGUUUGAGAGGGGUCUUGGGAUGGAAUACAACCUUUCAUUGCUAGAAUAUUACUGAUUCCUUAAAGUUUUAAAUAUAUGUGGGUUGAAUGGACCCUCAGGAUUGAAAACAUCCUUUAUUGCUGCACUAUGUCCAUUUCCUUUAAUCUUUAAUAUUUUUGGAUGUAAGGAACCAGGGAUUAAAAACAAGCUCUCAUUGCUGGUCUAUUUCUUUUUUCGGCCUGUUGUCUCGAUUGCGCAGCACAAUAUCAUGACGUUUACAUUCUUGAUCAAUCAAGACAACUGCAACUUCAUCUGCCACGUUCAGCAGUGGCUUUUUUGUCUGCACCAAUGACAAAUUUGUACUACUUGUACUGAUUGUUUUGUUCUGGUGUAAUAAGAUUCUAAUGCGUUUUUAAAACUUUGCACGUAUAGAUUCACGUGAUGCAGCAUAUUUUGAAGAAUAGUGAUUAGGUGACCGUUUAAUUGUGGAAUGUUUUGGUUCCUAAUAUUUGCCUUUUCUUGAUAAGUAGACACAAAAUAAAUCUGACGAAAUAUUGGCUCUUUUUCAGUCAGCAGUGAACCAAUAAGAUGGUAAACCUGACCUUGAGGCACUAUUGUAAGCACAAAUAUUUUCUAAAAAGUGUAUUGAUUGUAGAUGGUCCUCAUUUAGUAGUGCUUUCAAUAUCUGAUGAAGGUUGUCAAAAAUUUCAAUACAGUCUUUUCUGUUCAAGCAACACAUACUAUUUGUUUUCUUGUACUAUUUAAUGGCGUUACAAAACUGAUAGUUUAUGAUCAUUCCUCCGAUUGAAACAAAUGUACCAUAGGCAAUCAUUUUUGUAUAAUUAAAUACACUCUUUUCUUUAUCUACCCAAGGCAGGACUUUAUGCCACCUUGGGUAUCAUCAUAGUCUUCAGAUGAAAUCGAGAAUUUGUUGAGCGAGUGCCGUAGUUGGUCAGCAUUCAAGCGGGCCUGAUGCUGUUCUUCUGUCUCUACACGCUGAAUUGCAUCUACUCUCUCCCUUUCAGUUUCUAAGAAAGUUGCAUGAUUAUGAUGCAGGGUUUCAUAGUUCUGCCUAGCUAUUUCUAAUCACUGUUGGCAUUGGUCAUGGCAUUUUGAAGCUAGAGCACUGUAGUGGCAAUCUCAAUUGUUACUUAAGCUAUCAUUGUACUGAGUAAAUGUUUCUGAAUGAUCAGCGCUCAGUCGAGAUUCCCUUUGGGUGAAAGUCUCAGGCAUCAGACAAUAUAUGGCGCUACGCUCAGUCGAGAUUUCAUUUCGGUGAAAGUCUCAGAGGCGCGAGACAAUGCAUGGCACUCACAAUCAGUGCUCAGUCGAGAUUCUCUUUCUUCGUUAUAUUCUUGAGAUCUAAGCAUUCUCAUUUUCGCUGCUCUAGGUUUAGAGGACAGAUCAGACCUUCCUUGAGUCAUUUUUGUACAAAUCUGAAAAGAAAACGUGAAAAAGUAUAAAUAUUAGUUAAAUAACAUGGCAAAAUAUUGAUCAAAGAAAAAAAGUAACUUAAAAUCAACAUAAGAAUUUUAUUCUCCAAUGAAGAUAAUAAGCAAUUUUCUGAAGACUUAAGAUUCAACUGGACAUAGCUGCGCACCAGGCAAUCUGAAUUUUGGUCUCUGUUUUACACCCCCUACCUGUGGAUGCAGUACAUUUCCCCUAAUGCAGCUGAACUUCCCACCACAUUUUUCAGCGCAGCCCUGCCCUACCAAGGUUUCCUGUCACCACGCCCCUUCUUGGUUGGUAAUGUCCAAGGUUAGUGUAGGAAAGGUUGCUUCAGACGGGCGUGCAUCUUUCUGCGCAGGCAGCGAAGUGAUGUCACGUGCUGUCCACCGCCUCGACUUUGCUCCCGUCCUGACCCUCCAGUCAAGACGCGUGUGCUUUCACAAAUAUAUAUUUAUGUUCCCACAAAACUGUACAUACUGUCAUAGAGGCAAUCUCAUGACACAUGUAUUUCUAGUUUCUUAUUUAUGUGCACGAUGAAUUCAGCCAUCUCAUGGGAGUUUGUCGCAUGCGUGUUACAAAAAAGUCAUAUUUCACAGAUAUGGUAAAGUUGCUAUCUUUGCCUCUUUAAAUGUUUUCCAUUCAUUCUCCUUAUGCAUUGCCCAUUGCAAUGCAACACCAUCCAAUUUAGUGAUAAACAAUUCUACCUGUUGCUCAUCCGAACCCCUAAGAUAGCUAAAUACUUUCUCACAUUUGGUUAUAAAUAGUAUCGGAGUAACCCCUCGAUCAUCCCCAAAAAAUUUAGGCACUGUUUUUUCAAUAGUCUUUACUUCAUCUACAGUCAGGGUAUGAAAAAAUCAUGAUUUUUUUAAAGAAAUCAAAAAAAUCAGAUUUUUUUGAUUAAAAUCGGAUUUUUUCGAUUAAAAUCGGAUUUUUUUUGAUUAAAAUAUAAAAAAUUGUAAUCUGUGCUCUACAGUACAAUUAAUAACAGAUUCGUUCAUUUUGUAAAGACAACUAGCCUAAUUUUCUUUCUUUGUAAUGACCACAUUUUACAUUGCAUAAUGUUUUAAGGAAACAUUAAUGAUGUCACUUUACGAAAAAUUUUAGUACAGUAGCAUAGUAAACAUUAGUAAAAAAAAAAAAAAAGAUGUUUUAUAUAAAAUAACUAUAUCACUUAAAAUAUAUCAUAAUUUUAAAUGUAACUUUGUCACUUCUGUCAUCCCUAUAGUAUAAUUGUUCUAAAUAACAUGAUUUAAAUCAAAACCCCAAUUUUCUUUUUCUUCUUCUUCUCAGAAUUGCACACAUACGAGAGAGUAUUCAAAGUAAACGUCUACAUAAAAUAUUACUUAUUUUAAAUUUUAAACAAAAAAUACAAGUUUUGCAGCCUUUUCUGUACUGAGUCGAUUUCUUAAUGUUGACUGAAUCAAACCAAAUGUGGAAAACAUUCUUUCCACUGAUGCAGACGAAGCAGUUGCUGUUAACAGUGGUUCUAUGACAUUCAUAACUUCAUUAAUUUCUGAAUUGAUGUUUAUUUUCCACCAAUCUAUUGGCGACACUUUCGAGAUGACAUUGUCCUUGAAUUAAGAAGUCGUGGAAGAGAGUAGAUUUUGCUUGGAAUUUAAUAAUUACAGGCAGCAGAGACUUUGUGUGUUUGUAUCUGUUGUUUGCAAAUGAAAGAGCUUCAGAUCUCUCAUCAGCUGUCAAAUGUUGACCACAGAACCGUGGGUCUACAAGAUACGCCAGGAAAUGUGCUCCAUCCAGUGCCUGAUGGUAGCGACUGGAAAAUUUCUCCAUGCUGUCUGCAUUCAGGUUUUCAUCUUCAAGACUUUGUUUUAGACUUUUCCACACAUCAACAGCAGUGGAAAUCGUACUGCUAUCUUUCUGAACCUUAUCAAGUGCAAGGGCCAUUGGUUUCAAAUGCCUCAGCAUAUCUUCUGCGUUCAUCUUUAUACAGACAUUCACCACUUUUCUGUAAAUAUUAUCAUUAUCAUUGCAGUGAUAUAUUUUUUUUUAAUUUUUGCUCAUAUAAUGGUCGCACCUUACUUUUAUUCGUAAAAUUUGGUAACAUUGCGGGUAUGUUGAUUUUAAUCAGCAUAAUUUAAAUCGUGAUUUAAAUCAUGAUUUAAAUCAUGUGAUUUUUUUUUAAUCAGUGAAAAAAUCAAUUUAUAAUUUGACAUUUAAUUUUUCCUAUACUGUAUCUUUCUAAAUCAAGUAAUCAUGCCUACUUACACAAAAAUUGAUUGCUGCAAAGAUAUGAAUGGAAAUUGAAUAGUACUUAAUUUCUUCUAUAAUAUAUUUAUAGUUAUUUUGUUAUUUAGAAACACUUGGUAAAUAUAGUUGGGUUAAAUGUACUUACCAAUAAACACCACUCAUUUUUUCUCCUCCUCUCCUACUCAUGUUUUUGUGUGUGUGCGUGUGCAUGUGUGUGUGUGCGUGCGUGCGUCAUAUCUCCUUGGCAACAGGUUUGACCUUCAACAAUGUCAGGUGCUAUUUUUAGAACUGUAGGAUGGAAAUGUGCAGUUCUUUGUUAUGUCUAUUCACUUGGAGUUCAUCAUAGUGUAUAGUUGAAAUAGCUGGAAGAAAGAAGGACCCAAUAUGGAUCCAUUUUGUUGAAGAACCAACAUUGUCAGGAAAAGGUCUGAAAGCUACCUGCAAGUCAUGUGGAAAACAGUUAAUGGGGUUGGUUGCCAGAAUGAAAAAACAUAUUGAAACAUGUCAGAAGGAAGAAACAGAAGAGGAUCAUCUGUGUGAAUCAGAAUCAGCACAGAGAAGUUGCAGAGGUAACGAUUCAUUGGCCAUUGUGAGAAAAACCGGUGGGCAAAUAUCAUCUUCGACUUCCCAAGGGCCUUCUAUGCAAAGGAAGAGAACACAUCACAAUGAAAACAAUGGCGAUAGUGAGAUUAAAAAAAAAUUUCAUCAAACCCUUGUUGACACACAUCUAGUAAAAACCAACAGUAAUCAAAAAUGUAUUCUUGAUGAACAGGUUGCUCGAUACAUAUAUGCUACAAAUUCUCCUUUCCGGCAAGUAGAUCACCCAGAAUUCAAGAAGAUGGUAAGUUUGUUGCGUCCUGGAUAUAAACCACCCACUCAUGUUCAGAUUGGGAGUGAUCUGUUAGAUACUUUAUACACUGCCGAGAGAGAGAAGUGUGCGACAUGUUUGGAAGGAAAAACUGUAUGCUUAAGUUUAGAUGGGUGGUCAAAUAUCCAUAAUGAUCCUAUCAUUUGUGUAGCUGUAACUGCCAGUUUAGGAGAAGUUUAUCUGGUAGAUACAAUUGACACAUCAGGUCAUUCACACACAGCUGAUUAUUUGGUACAUGUAGCGAAAGCUGCUGUAGCCAAAUGUGAACGUGAAUUCAAGUGUUUAGUUCGCAGUAUUGUGACAGACAACACUGGAAAUGUGAGAAAAAUGCGUUCAGACCUAGAAAAAGAAGAUUUAAAUUUUAUCACAUAUGGUUGUUCAGCACAUCUUUUGAAUCUACUAGCUAAAGAUUUGCAGGUACCUAAUGUGAAAGAACAUGUGGUAGAGAUUGUUAAGUACUUCCGCAAUAAUCAUUUUGCACACGCUAAGUACAAGCAAGAAGGUGGACAACAGCUUAUACUACCUCAAGAUGUUCGCUGGAACACAACAGUUGACUGCCUGUCAGCAUACAUAAAAUACUGGCCAGUUCUCGUGAAAAUCUGUGAAGAAAAUCGCACUGCAAUUAAUGAUAAUAUUUACAGAAAAGUGAUGAAUGUCGUUAUAAAGAGGAACGCAGAGGAUAUGCUGAGGUGUCUGAAACCAGUGGCCAUUGCACUCGAUAAGGUUCAGAAAGAUAGCAGUACAAUUUCCACUGCUGUUGAUGUGUGGAAAAGUCUAAAACAAUGUCUUGAAGAUGACAACCUGAAUGCAGACAGCAUGGAGAAAUUUUCCAGUCGCUACCAUCAGGCACUGGAUGGAGCACAUUUCCUGGCAUAUCUUGUAGACCCACGGUUCUGUGGUCAACAUUUGACAGCUGAUGAGCGAUCUGAAGCUCUUUCAUUUGCAAACAACCGAUACAAACACAUUAAGUCUUUAUUGCCCAUAAUUAUUAAGUUCCAAGCAAAAUCUACUCCCUUCCACAACUUUUUGUUCGAUGAAAAUGUCAUCUCAAAAGUGUCGCCAAUAGACUGGUGGAAAAUGAACAUCAAUUCAGAUACUACUGAAGUUAUGGAUGUCAUAGAACCACUGUUAACAGCAACUGCGUCAUCUGCAUCAGUGGAAAGAAUCUUUUCGACAUUUGGUUUGGUUCAGUCAAAAUUAAGAAAUCGACUGGGUACAGAAAAAGCUGCAAAACUUGUAUUUUUGUUUAAAAUUUUAAAUAAGUAAUAUUUUGUUGAAGUUUUUUUACAUAGACUACUUUUGUAUAUGUGCAAUUCUGAGAAGAGAAAAAAAAAGGAAAUUGUGGUUUUGUUUUAAAUCACUUUUAUCUAGAACAAUUGGAACAAAGGGAUGACAGAAGUGACAGUUACAUUUAAGAUUAUAUGUAUAUAUUUUAGAGAUAUAGUUAUUUUGUAUAGCACUUCCUUAUUUUUGUUACUAAUGUUAACUGUGAUACUGUACUAAAAAUUUUCAUAAAGUUACAUCAUAAAUGUUUCCUUAAAAUACUAUGCAAAGUAAAAUUUUAUUUCACAGAAAGAAAAUUAAGCUAGUUGUCUUUGCAAAAUGAGUUAAUCUAUUAUGAAUCACUGUAGAGGAAAGUCACGAAAAUGUACUGUAUAUUACACAGAUUAUAAUUUUUUAUAUUUUAAUCAAAAAAAUCCUAUUUUAAUCAACAAAAUCUGAUUUUAACCAAAAAAAUCUGAUUUUUUUGAUUUCUUUAAAAAAAUCAGGAUUUUUUAUACCCUGCGAUCGCUGCGACGAUUAUGCGAGUAAAUAUGGUAAGUAGGCAUGAUUACUUGAUUUUUAAAAAAUACAGCAUAGGAAAAAUUAACAUUCAUAUUAUAAAUUGAUUCUAUUCACUGAUUUAAAAAAAAAUCACAUGAUUUAAAUCACGUGAUUUAAAAAAAAAUCACAUGAUUUAAAUCAUGAUUUAAAUCACGAUUUAAAUCAUGCUGAUUAAAAUCAACAUACCCUGUCUACAGUUAAAACUGAACUUCUAAUGUUACCCUGUCCAUCCCCUCUAAUCUUACUCAGCUUUUCCUCCAUUUUUUGCAAACAUUCUUGACCCUUAUCAUCCCUGAAAUUCUCUAACUGGUUACUUAUUUUUGAAUUUUUUGUAAAGACCCUUUCAACAUUAGCCUCAAAAUUCUCUUUGACUUCUUGAAUUUUCUUUUCAUUGUAAUAAGUAUUUUGGGAAUUCAAUUUGUUAUAUCCCCUUGAUUUUUGGCGAUUUUGUUUUGUACACCUUCAUUAUUUUGUACGAGUUCGUAAAUCUUUUACUAUGUUCCUGAACUGUUUUACCUGUUUGUGUCAAAUUUUUCUGAACUUGGCCCACUUUUUUAUCACUUUGCAGACACAGGAAGAGAUGUGUUCAUUAAGAUCAUUCCUAAGUGCAUUAAAUCGGCUCUCAACUGUAUUGGUUAGUUCUUGUCUUACUUGUACAAUUUCUUGUGUAAGUUCCUGUUUAGUGGCAUAUAAUUUUUUUUCCAUUAUUUGCCUGAAUUCAGUCUGACUCUGUGACAUGUUACGCAUCAUUAUCAUUAAUUUUUCUAACAUUUGAUUAGAUAUAUCUGACCCCCCCCCCAUCCCCCCCACCCCUCCGAAUAACCACUACUGGACUACCAUUUGCAGGCUGUUCCAUGUUCUCUGACUGUUCCUGUACCAAUUCAAUAUUCAAAAUAGAAUCGGAAAUUCCUGAAGUUUCAGGAAAACCCGUAAGGUUAUCCUGACUACUCAUUUUUUUUUCCUAUUAUAAAUUACCAGAAAACGUAGACAACCCUUUAAGACACAUUAAAAAAAAAAAACUUGAAACAAUGAUAACUACAAAUACAAAAAUUUUGACCAUAAGAAUGUAAGUUUUUGUCCAAUUUAGACUUGCUGUAUCUGGCGAUUCAUCCCUCGUUCCGUGAAGUACUGAGAUGAUUUAUGUUGCUGGAAUCAUGUCCCACGAUGUUCAGCGAAGCGCUGUUCUACGAUGUUCUACAAUGUAGUUCUCGUCGCAUUCCUUUGCCACGACGUCCCACGCUGUUUUUAAACGGUGAAUGCUUGCUUCUAACGCUAACGGUGAAUGCUUGCUUCUAACGCUCGUCUUCGUCUGUCGACGUUUACAAGUACGACGCGGAGAUAAAUGUUCACACUAUCCACACACGCAUCACUCGUUCACAAGUUAUAAUUUUGCCGAUGUUCCAAAAGGUUUUACCACAGUUCAUUUAGACAUGAUGAUUGGCUUUUACUUGAUAAGUUUUUACUGAAGGUAACUUUUUCCGAAUGUUUAUUUUAUUUUAUUUUAUUUUUUUUUUUAUCAUCAGGCAGUGUCUAAAUUCGUGCCCCACGGGUGGGCAGCCAUGUUUUUACAUUCUAUGUGUGAGCCGGCUAAGUACACAGAGAAACUUAAAAAAGACAAACAAUGUUCUUUAGGACUUCUUUAUUACAAUGGUUGCGUUCUAUGUUCCUUUUUUAAUAGUUAUAAUUUUAACUUGAAAAUAAGAGUUGAUUAAAUUACCGUUGUUUAUUUCUUUCCAAUAAAAAAAAUGUUUUUUUUUCAUCAUUACAUGGCAUCAGUACACAAUUUUACAAAUGAAUUUAGUUCGAAAGCUUUGUUACUUGCACAGUUUUUUUUUUCUUAUACAAAUUUUUAUGAUGUCUUUGAAUUUUGAUAGGAUGAGGUCCAAAUACAUACCACAGCACCAUACAUCUUGCCGUUGAUGGUCGAGGAGUCUUGUCACUCGCCAAAAAAAAUAUAUUUUAGUAAUGUCCCAUGGUUAACUACAUAACUCAAGGUACCGUCGAUCACGGACCGGAAACACGCGAAAUCGGGCUGAUGCCGACACCUAGGGCCUAAAUUUCUAAUUAAAUUGUCCGAAAAUAAAGAAUUUAGGUUAAAAAAAUGUGGCUUGGCCCCAGCCCCUACGUGUAAAGUUGUCCCUUAGUGACUUUCCAUAAUAUUGCGUGAGUUGCAGACGACGUAACCGAGUUCGGCGACGAUCGAGCGACAAGUGAGUUGGUCGAUGAGACUACCUUCUCCUUGUAAAGGUGAAGACAAGGGAGGCAAUCCCGUGGGCCAACUGACCAAUCAGAGCACCGAAUUCAGAAACAUGACCAUAUAAGGAAAUUUGGAUGGGUGCAUCACUCCACGCCAGGGCUCGCCCUGAUUGGCUGGCUAGUGGUAGCCUCUAGAGAACCUUCCAGACAGCUGUGCGUCCAUGUGACGCGUAAAUCCCAAACACUCAUUUACAAGGUGAAAAAUAACUUUUCUGGCGCCAGUUUGUCACGCCUGUCCGCUCUUCCUUCUGUACCUUCCAGACUAUUCUCGAAAUAUUACACUAGCAAUAUCCAAUAGAACUUAAAAUUACCCAACAAAUUUAAAUACAAUGUUCAAAAUUUAGUAAUCAAAGUUGAAAUUCAUACUCUAUUAAAAAUUUUAGUUUAAAAAUUAUAGUCUACACUGCUUUAAACAAAACAAUUACUGAAAUUAAUUAUCAAAUAUCAAAAUUAAUUAUUAUGAACUGGAGUUACCCCACAAAUUAAUAAUUAAGUAUCUGAAGAAAAUAAGUAUUUUAAGGCUUUCCAUGAAAUUUAACCAAAGUAAUUAAUAACAAUUCUUAACAUAUCUGAACCAUUAUCCUUAUCUACAUAUAAAAAAAAUUAUUAUCCUUCAUAUCAAAGUUAUUCUUAAUCACUAUUCUUAUGACCCAAAAAAUAUAUAUAACUUGACCCAUCACUCUUGUUCACUUCCACAUCUUCAGAUGAAUUUAAACAUACCUUGAUUGGAUUAGUAGAAGUCAUUUUAUUUUUAAGGGCAAUUUCAAGCAUUCGAUUUGUCCUACCAUGGCUUAAAUUAGAAAUAUAAGUCUCCAUCAUUCUUAUUUUAACUUAGCACCAUUCAUCAACUACAAUGAAAACAUCUCAUGAAAACAAUAAACAUUGCAAUAAUAAAUUUUGCCAACAGGACCAUAAAUGUUUUGUAUUGUUGCCAAUAAUUAUCUCUAUGACAUCCUAAGAGAUUCAAAGCAAAACAGUAACAUUUCAAAAUAUUAUAGUAUUGCACUAGCAUUUUAAGACAUAUUGUAACAUCUCAAAAUGUUACAGUAUUGCACUAGCAAUCAUUGGCAUUCUUUACAAGAGGUAUACAAAAAACAUGUGUUGAAAAUCAUACCUAAAAGUAAUAUUUUGACAUGUUACACUAUCACACUAACUUAUUUGAACUCCUCUCUAUUCAUAGCACCACUAACCUCAAAAUCAACAUUUUUUGAGUUGUUACACUAUUGCACUGAUAAUAAUAUAUAUAUAUAUAUAGCAAAAAUAAAAGUAAAAAUUACUGGGGUGUGUUAAAUGUACAUAUUCUUCACAUUAUUAUUGAUUAUGGUUUUAAUAAAUAAUAACCAUAAAUUUGUUUCUGUCAGGCAAGCGGUUUCUUAACACUUUGGGUGCUACCUGUUUAACUACUUGCCUUUUCACCAAUGCUGGCCAUUUUAAGCGGUUUUCAACAAUACAAAAAAAAAUUUAACACUAAUAUAAAAUAAAAAUACCAACUUAGUAAUAUAUUUUAACACUUAAGUUUUAUUUUAAUGUACAAUUUAUAUAUAUUAGACAUGUUAUAACAUUUCAAAACCUUAGCUCAAAAUAUUACGUUUUUUAUGAAAAUAAAAAUUUGAAAAUAACACUUUGAUUUCAAUUACAUAAUUUAAUUUGAACAAAGCAACAAUUAUUUCAAAACAAUUCAUAUAAAUGUUUAUUAAACAUACUCAGGAUUAAGUUUGAGUGAUUCUAGAAUUAUUUUUUUAUAGUUUGAAACCCAAAAAUCGUGUAAGUAAAAGUUAAGUUUUUUUGAAAAAUUCUUACUUCAUAAUUUAUAGUGAUUUUAUUGAUGAAUUUGAUCUCCAAACUAGUAAUUUUACUAUACACAAGUGAAUAAAUUAAAAAAAAACAUACAAUUAUUUUAGGUAGUUUUUCUUUGAAUGGAAAACCUCGGAACAUUAUGUUACACAAAAAACAAAAUUGCAGACACUGCACUGGAACGAGGUAUCCUUCUUGCUUUUCCAAUAUCUUUCAUACCUUUUUCUGCACAAACUUUACAUCUUCUUUGGGCUUUCUUUUUCCCUGGAGCAAUGGGAAUCCUUUCUAGAAAGUGUUUUUCUGAAAGACGGGAAAGCUGAGUCCCACUUGCUCCAGGAUGAGAUGGUUCUUCCACUGCAACUGCUAAGUGGCUGCAGACUUUCUUCAAAAACUCAGUCAGAAAGGAGAAUGGUCACUUGCUACUUGAUUGUACAAGAUGCACGCAUUUGAUACACACAUCAGUACCGUAAAACGGGGUGAGAAUGUGACAGGUUUCUUAGUUUUUGACCUGCCCUAACUACAGUAUUUAUAUUUAUGGACUGAAAAUUUUAUUUAUGAUGGAUAACACCUUUUUCUUACUUUUCUGAAAAUAUCAAUUUUCAAAAAUGGAUUUAAAAUGUUUUUAUUAAAACAAUUGUUUGUCACAUUCUCACCCCAAUGAGUGGGGUGAGAAUGUGACGUUAGCAAUAUUGUAUUAUAUUUGCUGCUAAGUUAGUAGUGUCACAUUCUAACCCCAUAAAUUACAUUUUGCUUUACAAAAAUAAGUAAUCAAUGUAUUUUAGACCACAAAACACAUGUUCAUUGAAGAAAAAAUAAAGUUAAACAUACACAAAAACAUUUUAGCUUAAUACAAUGAACUACGAUACAGUGAUUUACUGAUACAGACCAUACAUUGACACAAUACAAUUAUAAAGUUAAUACAAAAUGUUUACAAUUCAUCAACGUGUAUUUAAGGCUUCAUGUCUAUGCAAAACACUGCUCUUUUACUUAUUUGUCGAGGUGGGGGAACUUUGAAUAAAACAGCAUGACGUUUGUACCAAAUUGAAUCGACUUUUUCUGGCCAUUUCCAGUACUUUCCACAGGGAAUCAUAGUCGAUACAUGAAUAUCAUCAUCAUCCAGGUCAAUGACAAUACCAGGAUAAUUUUUUCCCUCAUAUGUCACCACUACAUAAUCUCCUUUUACGUACUGCGGUUCAGAGACAGGUGCUGGAGUGAGGGGUUCUUGUUCAUCCUCAGACUUGUCCUCCUCAGAAGAAUUAGAAGAAUCUUGAAAAAAAUUGCUUGUUACGCUGUCUUCACUUUCAUCAUCAAUUAUUUUCUCACUCUCCUCUUCCUCUUCAGAUGAGAAAUCUUUUUGUUUCCUUUUUAUGGCCUUCAUUUUCCUUGUCCCGCUCGUUUGACGAGGCUUCUGCUGAAUCUCUUGAACUACUCCAGAGGUGGAAGGUUGCUGCUCUUGAAUUUCCAUCAGAGUGGUAGGUUGAGAUUGGAUCAUGUGAGGAAUGUCAGCGGUGGUGAAACCUUUUCCAGGUGGCACAUCAAUUUUCUUCCUUUUCCUUUGCACAACACAAACAACUGAUUUUCUUUUCUUUUCCAUCUCAUUCAGAAAGGACUCUGCAACAUGUUCACGGAGAUCACUUGAAGCCAUCUCGUUGCCAACAAGUUUUUUGAGAACAGCGUCCUGAUUUAGAGGAACUAUGCCACAUGCUUGAAAACCUGAUUUUAAAUUCUGGCUGCUCUUCUCUUUUAGAUUUUCAACUAACAUUUUUAGAAAAACAGGAAAACUCUCUUUGGGGAUUGUUCUCAGCUUCCUACCUUGGUCACUUUCUUUCCAUUCAUUUAAAAUGUUCCUCCAUGCUCCCUUCAUUGGUCUAAAGAACCCUACAUCUAAUGGCUGCAACAAGUGUGUGGAAUUGGGAGGCAAUGCUACAAACCUUAUGUUAUUAGCUUCACACAGUUCAACAACAUGAUAAUUUAUGUGAGAACUUAAAUUAUCUCCUAUUAAAAUUUUAACACCAUCUUGCUUUUUUAGUAUAGGGAGCAUCAAUCCCUCAAACCAAUCCUCAAAUAUCCUAGCAUCAAACCAACCACUUUUCGAGCGAUUAUAGCGUGUGCCACGUGGUCCUCCCUCAGUCCAACUUUGAUAGAGUCCUUCAGCCUUGUAGGUGACAUAAGGUGGGGCCAUUUCCCCUGCUGCAUUCCCACACAUCAUUACAGAAACUGAAGCCUUAGUGGAAUUUUUAAUUUGAUCGGGAUAUUUGGUUCCUCUCUUGACGAGUACUUUCUUAUUUCCAGGGUCGUCCGUUAUAUUCGUCUCAUCAUAGUUCCAUAUAUUAUGAGAAGGAGGCACUCCAUCAAUACUGUUGCCUAAAUGGUUAAAAUACUCAACAAUAACAUCCUUAUCUAAUGCAGCACGAACUCGUGAAAUGGGACGAGCUGUCCGCUGAGUUAGCUCCUUUUUAUGGCGUCUCAAAAACAAAUCUGCCCAAUCUUUACCUGGUAAGUUACGUUGGAAUCUUCUUUCAAUUCGCCCUAACCUGUCAAGGUAUGAUUUGACCACCAAUCGAAGAUCCAAAAUGGUGAAGGGGAAGCCAAAAGUUGCAACAGUGAUGAGAUGAGCAACAAUUACGUUUUCUUCCUCCUCUGUUAGUACAGGUUGUCCGCCUGUUUUGGAUGACAAUUCGCCAUGCAUUUUUUUCCACAAAGUGUUUUUAUGGAUCCCAUAUCUGAAAAUUUAAACGAUUAACAUUAUCUUUGUGCUCCUAAUAUUUUAUACAAUAACUUUAAAAUUAAUUAUGAUAGAAAUCAAAUGUUAACAGACUUUUCAGAAGCUGAACGUAGACUCUCUCUUUUAGAUUUAAUGUCUUCAAUUGCAGCCUUUAAUUGGUCAUCUGUCCAAUUACGAUACGUUCUGCCGCCAACUUUUUUUUUGUAAUUGCGUGGCAUACUGGAAACAACUACCAGGUAAAAACUGUAGGUAAUUCUGAAAGAAUGAACAAAAACAUCAAUACCAAAGAACAUUGAUAAAUAAACAAUCUUACAAAAUGUCGCUGAUAAAGCAUUUAACAUAAAGUUAUAAGUCUUUCUAAAAUCUUAAAUUAUUUAUUUUAGUUAGUCUUUCUGAUAAUUUGAAUAUCUUGUCUAUGUUAUGAGGGAUUUUGUGACUUUUUAAAAUUGGAAUUGGUGACACUGAUGUCACAUUCUCACCCCUUCAAAUGCACAUUUUUUACUUAACCUUCUUUCAAAAAUUACAGUUUCAUAAUAUUCAGAUAAUUUAUACAGCAAAUAACUUGGUAUUAAUUGUAGUUAACAAAAACCAAUUUUACCUUUAUGUAUGAAACAUCGGAAUAUCCCUUUUCUGGAACACUUUUUCUAUAUUUAAACAACACGUUUAUUUCCCAACUUUGCAGAAAAAAUUCAUACAAAUAGGCCAUAGAUAGUAUGACAACAAAAACACUUCCAUCGCAUGUAUCGAAAUCUAAAGAAUUCAACGAUUAAUCGAUCGAAAAAAUAACUUUGCUGUGACUCACCAGGAGUGCACUCAAGGACAGAAAUGUGUGUUGUCACAUUCUCACCCCGUUUUACGGUAUCAUAUGGAAAGCCAGCUUGCGCCACCAUUUUACUGUUCUGAGUUCAAACACACCAUAUGACAUUCUCUGGUCUGACAAGUCUACACCAAAUAAAUUUUUUUUUGUUGUAGUUUACUACAGCUGCUGGCUUGGUAACUUCAUGACCUCGUUUGUUUGUAAGUGUCACCAUUUAUGAUCAUGUGCACCUCACAUUUAUCCUUUAAACAUAAUGCCAAAAUAUUGCCCUUACGGCGGUAAAUUUGCUCUCCACAUUGAAGUUUUGGGUUGUGAAGUACUUUUGGCAUUCCUCUUCUGUUUUUUUGCACCGUCCCAACUAAAGCUGUUUGAAUAUUCUCCAAUUCUGUGGCGAGAGUUGGGCUAGUUUAAUAUCUGUCAAUAAACAGUGUGUGUCCUUUCCCAGCUAAGCUAUCAAGUAAUCGCAGCACAACAUUUGUGACAAUAUUCUCUUGUCCACAAAACACAUCAAAAUUCCAGAUAUAACCUGAAUCAGAUUCAGACAACAUGUAUAUAUUUAUGCCAUAACGGUUUGGUUUCUGGGGCAUAUAUGUACUGUUUGAAACUUAGCCUUCCCCUAAAAGCAUACAUGCCUUCAUCAAUAGUCACAUCUUCUGCUGGUUGAUAUCCAUCUCUGAAUUUAUGGCGAAAGGUUUCAAACAUUGGCCUGACUUUGAAGAGUGGAUCAAAACCUGCUUCCCCUUUUUUCUUCGCAUUUCUGUUGUCAUUCAGGUGGAAAUGUGACAAAAUGGAAAUAAAUCUGUCCCUGCUAAACAAGUUUGGGCAAAAAUUGCAUGAUAUAACAGGAUCUGUGCUCCAGUGAUCUGUAAUUGAUGGUUGUUUACUGAUGCUCAUGUGAAGAAUCACUGCAAGAAAUUUCUGCACAUCAUUUUGUGUUACAGUUGUCCAAUUUCGCAAUCUACUAUGUGGAGAGAUUUGAUUCAAUGCCCUUUUCUUAUGUAUCACCUGCCGAGCAUACAAAUAAGUUUGUUCUUUCAUGUGAUUUAUGAAAUCUUUGUCAAUAAAAUAAUAAAAGAAAUAUCGGCAUAAAAGAACUAUCGGCAUCCAGUUCUGGUUCUUCAGUCAUACCAGAAUGUCCAGUAAAAACAUUUACAUUCGGUAUCUGAUCUCGAUCCCUCCAUCCAUCUUCAGUCUUUUCACUUUUCAUAUGUAUCUGUCCAGUUUCUCUAGAUCGACCCCUUCCUCGUUUCUUCCGAACAUCAUUGCAGGAAGCUGAAGCAGCUUGAUUUACUUCUGCAACACUACUUUCAACAGAAGAACCUGAAAAAAAAAAUUAUAAAAUACUACAAAUAUAUAAAUAAAAUAAUAAAAUGUAACUUUUAUAUUUACUCAUUACUUAUAUUGUUGUGUUUUAUAUAACAUAAAUAAAUAAACAGAAAUAUUUUCUAGUCCAAAAUAAAA